UCUACCCUAGUUAUCGCAGCAUACACAGGGAGUUAAGAUGUUCUUUCGUGUUGGUGAUGUGAGAUAUACACUAUGCAUAUACUGGACUUAUUAAGAAUGUGUUUUUUAUUACUAUAACAUGGAUACUUUUAUUUAAGGUCUUAUCUUUCAUGAAUUAUUGACAUAUUGGAUGGAUAUUUGGAAUUAACUGAAAUCUGAGAAAAUACAAAAUUUCAGUAAAAAUAAAUGAACAAGUAUGACGAGAACUAAUUCUUUCCCUGCAAAUCCCCAAGCUGUAAAUCCCCUCACAAUGUAUUGUAGCCAUAAAACUUUGACUCUCUCUCCUGAUUUAAAAAAAGAGAAGAAGAAAAAAGCUCCUCCACUAUCCUUUCCCUUAACGUGCGCAUCUAAGGGCGUCGUUCUGACCCCGGGCGCGCUCGGAAAUGACGUCACGCCCAGCUAACAAAAACGUGGAGCCGGGAAGGCCGCCGGAGUCUGACUCCAGUCCAGCUCACUAGGCGGCGGAGCUCCGCUCGAGGAAGGGGGAUGAAGCAGACGGUGACAAUAGACAUCGGCGAAACUCUUCCCAAAUCGACGCAAGUUCCUCGUUUACGCAGCUAAGCGAAGGACUCGACGUGCUUUGGAUGGACUCAAGAUGACUUGAUGAAAAGUUUGGCGAGUUCCGAAGCCCACCAUCACCUCCGACAUCAUCAUCAACACCACCCGCAAGCAGCCUCGCCGGGAUGGUGCGUCUGCUGAACUGCCUCUUGCUCGGAUACCUCACGUGGAAUGUGCGGAUCUCGGACGCGCAAGGGGAGUAUUGCCACGGCUGGCUGGACGCCAGCGGCAACUACCACGACGGCUUCCAAUGUCCGGAGGACUUCGACACGGCCGACGCCACCGUGUGCUGCGGCUCGUGCGUGCUGCGCUACUGUUGCGCCGCCGUGGACGCGCGCCUGGAGCAGGACAGUUGCACCAACGACCGGCCGGCCGCCGACGACGCCGAGUAUGCAGCGCAGCCCGUCUACAUGCCCUUCCUCAUGGUGGGCAGCAUGUUCGUGGCCUUCGUGGUGGCGGGCUCCCUGGUCGCCGUCUACUGCUGCACCUGCCUGCGGCCCAAGCAGCCAGCCCAACAGCCCAUCCGCUUCUCGCUGCGCAGCUGCCAGGGCGAGACCAUCCCUAUGAUCCUCACGGCCGCGCCGCCCAGCCUCCGCACCCCGUCGAGGCAGUCCAGCACGGCCACCACCAGCUCCAGCUCGGCGGGGGGCGGCAGCUCCAUGCGGAGGUUCUCCAUCGGGGGGCAACAGCAGCACGGUUGCCUGGUGUCGGCCGCCGUCUCCACCCCGGCCUCCACUCCGACUCAAACCCAUCAGACUUUGCCCCCGCCUCUCCCGCCGCCCUAUACGUCCCCUCCAGCGACGGGGGGCCUGCAUCAUGCUCACGCGCAGCUGCCCCUCCAGCAGCCCUCGCAGGGCACUGCCUUCAUCCUCCCCCAACAGUACUUCUUCCCCCUACAGCCCGACACGUUCGCUUCGGCUAAGGGAUUCGCAGACUUUGGCCAGAGUUGACAAGUGCUGCUGCCAGACUGGAUUUGUUUGGAGAGGUUUUACCCUAACAGGAUGAGCCACCAAUGCACUUUUUCUGUUGUAUAAUGUACAUGGACACCAUGACAGUUUUAUUCGGGGUGUUAUUUUAACAAUAACCAAAUGAUCUGGGUAAUCUAGGCAAAUGAUGUGGUGUUUGAGAAAAGCUUCUGGAUCAGGAAAAAAGCAGUACAGUACCAACUCGUGCUGAGAGGCAUGCCAGUAAAACAAAAUGCUAAACCAAUUACUCCUCCCUACAAUUGGAAGCUCUGAUAAGAUACAUCUGAAUUCCCUGAAUGAAGGUUUGUCUUUUUUGUUUUGUUUUGUCUAAGCAAAAUGUGUUUUCCAAGAAUAAAGUCUUUUGUAGAAUAUGCAGCGUUCCACCGCAUAGUUGUAAUUCAACUAUUUGAUUUUUGAGGAAACCACUAUAUCCCCCCACUUUUUUUUUCGAUGAAAAAUGAAUUCACUGUCUGCACUCAGACCGAAUCCGUGUGCCAAAGUUUUCGACAACAACACUGUGGUUUCAAGGAGCUAUGGGGAAGCGAGAAGAGUAGCUUCAUUUAGCCAGGCCACAGCCCCGUUUAAUAUGAAAGUAGUUCCAUUUUGUGGCAUCAUUCGUCAAUUAUGUGCCUAACUCUUCGUGGGAGAGCUCUGUUCUCUUUUGUUUUCUCAAAAAUAGGAGAGCUCAAAAGGCACUUUUCCAGAAUAUGAAAGUUGGACUUUUUUGCUUAACUUUUAUAUUACAAAUUUAUCUUGGUAGAAAUCCGACAAUUCUCCUAAGAUUAAAACUCUUUCCCUCCACAAAAUGCAACCCUGGACCUAAAAAGUUUGAGGGCCCGUGUAUUUAAUGAGCUGAAGGGUUCUGUCAUCCACACAAGAAACAAGAGCAUCGGAGGCUCCCUACCUGUGUGACUUCCCAGAAGGAAUGCGGCUCUCAGAUUCGUCAUUGUCAGUGCUCAACGAGCAUGGCACGGCUCGCGGCGUCAAAAGCGCAACAGCCCCUUUAGUGGAAGCGGCUAAGGUUGCAUCGACAGGUAGGGACUGGAUCUGGACAAAAACAAAAAGACUCCUGUGUGGCGCUGGUUUAUCGGAUUGUGAAACUGAGACGGCAGUCAGCGCCGUUUGUCUUUGGCACGUCACGCUAUGACGACCUCCGUCAUCAGCAUUUGUCACAUUCCGCUUGUCAGGUUUUGUUUAUUCUUGUCAUUUUGGUCUCAUGUAUCAUGUUCUGGAUUUACUGCAAAAUAUGUUUCCCAGGAUCCUUUUUGAACCCGUUGACUCUUCUUUUGAUGGGAAGAGAUCACCUGUGAGGAAAAGCAUUGGGAACCAUUACACCUUCAGGAUAUUAAUAUCUGGUCUUAUUCCCUCCUAUAACAGCUUCCGCUUUUCUGGGAAAUAAUUUUUGUCCAAUCUCUAUUUUGGUUUGUCCCAAAACUCAUCCACGCAUGCCUUUGUGUCGCGUGAAUCGAGCACUUGGAAAGAGAAAAGGGUUUUGCUCGAAAUGGUUCCCAUGAACGAAUCAUACAUCGGUUUAUGUGUUAAGAUGUCAUAACAUCAACAUAUACAUAAAUUGAUCCCACUACUGACCUCAAUCACAAAGCCGUUUGAAAAGAAAGUGUGUGCUUUUGAUUGGUAAUCAAUAACCAGUGACAUACAGUAGUUAAAAGCACCCCUGUUGGGGGAGGGGGGGGCAGCCUCAUUUUUGAAGUCUAGCUCAAUAGGGCUUUUUGGUGUCACAUGGAAAAUUAAGAGUUUGGGGUACAAUGUGGGCGGCCCAGUGGUCCGCGCGUCAACUGCAGAAGUGCGGGGUUCGAUCCCGGCUCCGGCCUUCCUGUGUGGAGUUUGCAUGUUGUCCCUGGGUUUUCUCCGGGUACUCCGGUUUCCUCCCACAUUCCAAAAACAUGCAUGGCAGGUUGCUUGAACAUGCCAAAUUGUCCAUAGGUGUGAGUGUGAGCGCGGAUGUUUGCUGGUCUAUGUGUGCCUUGCGAUUGGCUGGCAACCGGUUCAGGGUGUCCCCCGCCUACUGCCCAAAGACAGCUGGGAUAGGCUCCAGGGCGCCCCGCGACACUUGUGAGGAUAAAGCGGACCGGAAAAUGGAUGCAUGAAUGGAUAAUUUGCAAACUUUCAAUUCAGCCACAUAAUCAUCAAUUUUCUGUAGCAUUUCUGCUCAUUAGGGUCACAGGAGUGAAAGCCUAUCCCUGGCUGGAAUGGCGUCUCUUAGUGCACAUACGAGAUGUGACAGAAAAAGUUCCAGGACUGGCGUCAGAAAAGCCCCGUUUUUCAACCCCCCAAGACUCCAUGAGUGUUUGCCUUCAAUAUGGAUCUGACAGCCAACGAGCACAUGUGCAAAAUGAUCCUGUAAAGAGGUUCAGUUUGACCUGAACAUGUAACACUUGCUGGCCGAGAAGAACAUAGGAGACCACCGUGCUGGCUAGAGUGUGAGGCUUUUCCGCUUUCCCAAGCUCGAGGGAGUCAUCAACCAUUUCGAAGAUGUGGACAACAUCAAGAUGGCCAUGAUGUGAACUUCGGAGGAAUCCGGAAGGAUUUGAAAUGUGUCUUUUAUGAUACCAAUCAACCCAACCGGCAUGGUUGUGGAAUGAGGGAGAAUACCGGUACUCACAGAAGCACACAGGGGAGACAAUUAGGAAUCCAAACCAAGUUGUCUUGACUGUCGGAAAGAAAUGCUGACCAUUCGUUCACCAUCCUGCAAGCAUCAAAUUCGAUUAAGGUGAAUAUUUUACACAAAAUCA